UAGAGUUUAUAUCACUCAUUAGACAUAUCCAAAGAGAACAAUCUUAUAAAUUGUACUGUGAAUUGUGCUAAAAAUUAGAUGAGUUCGGAUGAAUACUUAUUUGAAUUCUUGCAAAGUUUUCUUUCCAAUUGCAAACUAACUUUUCUAAUUAUUCAUUGCAAAAUAAAAACUUUUCUUAUUGCUUGCUUCUACUAGUUAGCAGUUUCAAAGUUCAGCUCAAAUGAUGAUACCCUUUUUUGCAGUAAAAAAAAUAAUCACUUUAAGACAAUGUUUUCUUAGCCUUUCAGACCCAAACCUGUUGGUUUUACUUGAAAAUGUCAUAUUUUUCAGGCCAUGUAAACCAUUUCACUCAAUUAGAGGACGCAAAUGCAGUUCAGAAUUAUUUUCAAUACCUAAGAUAGAUUACACAGUUGAUCAAGAUGUAGCGAGGGCCAACUCCAUGAUCAGUAGGCUGAGCAAAAAGGGUCGAAUUCUUGAAGCACAGGAACUGUUUGAUAAAAUGCCUGACCCAGAUGUUAUUUCGUGGACGGCUUUGAUUACUGGGUAUGUGAAAUGUGGCAUGAUUGAUGAAGCAAGAGAUUUGUUUGACAGAGUUGAUGUUAAGAAAAAUGUGGUAACUUGGACAGCGAUGAUUAAUGGCUUUGUGAAAACGAGGAGGAUUAUGGAGGCAGAGAGGCUAUUUAAUGAAAUGCCUGAAAAAAAUGUUGUUUCUUGGAAUACCAUGAUCGAUGGCUAUGUGAAAUGUGGUAGACUUGAUAGAGCUUUGGGGUUGUUUGAGAGGAUGGACGAGCGGAAUGUGGUUUCUUGGAAUAUAGUCAUUGCGGGGUUAAUUCAGUAUGGUAGAAUUGAGGAGGCCAGAGAGAUUUUUAAUAGGAUGCCAGAAAGGAAUUUGAUUUCUUGGACUUCUAUGGUUGCAGGUUUGUCAAGGAACGGGAGAGUGGAUGAAGCUAAGUUGUUGUUUGAGAGGAUGCCUGAGAGGAAUGUUGUUUCAUGGAAUGCAAUGAUUACUGGUUAUGCACAGAAUUCAAGGUUGAAUGAAGCUUUUGAUUUGUUUGAGAGGAUGCCAGUGAAGGAUGUCACAUCAUGGAAUACAAUGACAACAGGCUUUAUCCAAAAUGGAGAUUUGGCAAUGGCAAAUAGGCUGUUUAAUGAAAUACCCGAAAAGAAUGUUGUAUCAUGGACUGUGAUGAUCAAUGCACAUCUGCAAGGUGGUCAAAGUGAGGAGGCAUUGAGGAUUUUCACUGAUAUGCUUGCACAUAGUGGGGUUAGGCCUAAUGAAGGAACUUUUGUAAGUGUCUUGGUUGCUUGUGGUGACUUGGCUUCUCUUGCUGAGGGAAGGCAAAUUCACCAGCUAAUUAGCAAGACUGUUUAUCAGAAGUGCGAUUUUAUCAUUUCAGCACUUAUAAGUAUGUACUCCAAAUGUGGAGAGUUAUUAACAGCUAGGAAGGUCUUUAAUGAUGGGAUAAGAGGGCAGAGGGAUUUGGUCUCUUGGAAUGGUAUCAUUGCAGCCUAUGCUCACCAUGGACACGGUAAAGAGGUAAUAAAAUUGUUUCACGAAAUGCAAAAUAUGGGACUGAAUCCAAAUGAUGUGACGUAUGUGGGAUUGCUUACUGCUUGCAGCCAUGCUGGUCUAGUGGAGGAGGGUUUCAGAUAUCUUGAUAUGCUUGUGAAUGACAGGUCCAUAAAAUUGAGAGAAGAUCAUUAUACAUGCUUCAUUGAUCUGUGUGUUCGAGCUGGGAGGUUCAAGGAGGCCUCUAACUUCAUCAAGCAGCUUCCUAGCAAGGCAUCCCAAUAUGCUUGGGGAUCUUUUCUUGCUGCAUGUAAUGUUCAUGGGGAUGCAGUUAUAGGAAAACUGGCUGCACAAAAACUUUUAGAGGCAGAACCAGAAAAUGCUGGUUCUUUUGCACUGCUAUCUAACAUAUAUGCUGGCAGCGGAAGAUGGAGAGAAGCUGCAGAGCUCAGGAUGAUUAUGAAGGAUCGGGGGCUCAAAAAACAGCCUGGUUGCAGCUGGAUUCAAGUUGGCAACGGAAUACAUCUUUUUGUUGUAGGCGAUAAAUCUCAUAGUGAAACUGAGCAAAUAUAUACUUUAAUUGGAAAUCUUCAUUCAAAAAUGAAGAAAGAUGGUACAAUUUCAGAAAUCUUAGUAUAAUAGAAGACAGUGUAUCUAUUAAUGGAAAUUUUGGAGUAUUAAUGGUUCAUGUAGGUAUAUACUGCAUGGAGUUGAAGAAAGAAUGGUUGACGUAAUGAUUUUCAAUUUUCCUGUGUAUGUUGUGUUAUGUUAGGUUUAACUAUCAAAGGAUUGAAGGUUGAUGAAGCUUUCAGUUUGUUGAGAAGAUGCCAUAGAAGGAUGUUUCAUCAUGGACAGGAGUGAUUGAAGGCUUAACCAGAAUGGAGAUUUAAGGAGAGAAAUGUUGUUGUUCAAAGAAAUACCAGAGAAGAAUGCUGGAUUUUGGACCACAAUGAACAAUGGGCAUGUGCAAGGUGGUCAAAGUGAUAAGGAAUUGAGGAAUUUCUUUGCAGGUGUUAAAAUCAUGCAAGGCCUACUCUAAGAACUUUUUUUGUUGCUUGUACUGGCUUAGCUUGUCUUGGUGAGGAAGAUAAGGUCACCAAUAGUUAGCAUGACAGUUUCCAGAAGAGAUAUUUUGUAUAAAUGCAAUUACAACUGUGUACUUUUAAAUGUGUGGAGUUGAUGAAAGCUUUGAAAUGUUGGAUGAUGGGAUAAGAGGUAUAGGGAUUUGAUGCUGCUAUAUAACUUGUAUUCUUGUUGUGAAAAUGGAUGAAGCUGCACAGCCAAGGAUGACACUGAAGGACCAUGUGCUGAAAAAACAACAUAGUUAUAGAAGGAUAGAAGAUUUGUCACUGGGAACAAAUUAUGGUAUUACAAGUGAACACAAUCAUUCUCCUGAUUGGAAUUCUUCAUUCAGAAUUCAGAAAUGAAGAAAGUUGGCCGUAUACAUGCAGAAAAUGGCAGUUUAAUUGAUGAUGACAUAUCCAAUGAAAAAGAAUGUUGGAUUUGUUAACCUUUAAUGAUUGAUAUCAACUUAGGAAGUUUGCUAAAGAAUGUGAUCGGAUUGAUGGUUGAUCACUUUGUUUUGCGUGUUGUAUAGGCAAGUUCCAAAAUGAAUGCUCUCUUACCAACUUAUUGCUUAUCUCACCACAUCGUUGCUCACUCAUAUAAAUUUAGAUUUUGGCUACUGAUUUUGUAUGAAACUACAACCACAGCUUUCUGCCCUCAUUUUUGGGCCAAUGCCAAAGGGUUAUACUAUACCAAGUUUCUUUUCACAGUGGAUGAAUGACCAAGGUUCUACCGAAAGUCAGGUGUGCCUCAGAUGCUUCUGAAAAGAAAGCUAUUCAACUAAUUUAUGACAAUUGAUGAUAUGGCGUACCUUCAAGCUGGAAUGUGAUGUUGGAAAUUUCUGUUUCUGGGCGGGGGUGAAAACCUGAUGAUUAUGUUUGCCUGCAAAUUGCUGUUGUCUAAGUUACUUACAUUGAGGUAAGUUUUCUGAUGUCCUGAUGUCAUGAUCUUGAGCAAUUAAAUUUUGGAGAGAAGUUAAAUUUUGAUAUGUUUCCAAGUGGACUUCUUAUUUUCUUGAAGGAUGAAAUAUCUACAAACUCAAGGCUCUUGAAGACUUCUCUGAUACUUUCAGGGACUCUGUUCAAGCUAGACGUACCUAUAUUAUUGCAUUGGUUUGUCCUGGGAAAGUCCUCCAUGUUGCACUUAAUAUUCACCUGAAUGGGAGUUAUCCCUAAUCUGCUUCAGAAUCUGGUACGUCUCCAAGGCCAAUUUUGCACUGCCGUGGCCUCCAAUGAAUCUUCUGGGAUGUACUUAUAGUCUUAUAGAUUGGAAUUGGUUCAAUUUGAACUGGCGGGUUCCUUUCAUUGUUUUAGUAUGGACUAUGGAGUGCGAAUUAAUGCUAGAUUUCAAGACGAUAUGUUGUGCCCAGAUGCAGCAUUUAUUUUGUUACUUUAAACAAAGGAUUUGUCAUUUUCAAUUUCUCAGGACUAAACCACUGUACAUUCGAUACUGUAAUACCAUAAUUGAAGUCCUUUGAACUCCCAGUCCCAGAUACCUGCCACAUUAAUUUGGAUGAUAACUCCAGGUUCCCUAUCUUGACUUUAUCCGCUCUUCUUGGUACACAUAUUUUGACUGUAAGGUUAAAAAACCAAUUAACUAAAACUGGUUGAAAGAAUGAGUGAGAUGAAGUCAUUUUCUGGUUUCCAAAAGAAAGAAAACAGGAAAAAGGAAAAUAUACGUGGACAUGGACUCCUCUGUCUCUUCAAGAAUUAGUCAAUUAGAUCAUUAGCAUCUCUUAAUUGACCAACGUUUAGUCAAGAACAAUUAUCAAGUAAUAUUUGAACCAAGUUUCUUGACAAACAGCUUUACUUAGCUUGGACUUUAAAGAGAGGUGGAACAUAUGACAAUCUGACUUUCUUCUGAACAUUUACUACCUGAGAGAGUGUGGAAGCUGCGCAGUAUAACGAUAGACUGUUUCUUGAUCACACAGCUUGAAAAAGAAGAUGUUGUCAGUUGUUGUGUUUGUAAUAGCAGUCUUGACGAUCUUAACAACUCAGUGGUUAUGGAGACGGAUGCAUCCAAGAUGUGAGAAUGGAGUUCUGCCCCCAGGUUCUAUGGGAUUGCCUCUCAUUGGAGAGACUCUACAGUCACUCAUUCCUAGCCGCUCUUUGGACCUCCAUCCCUUCAUCAAGAAGAGACUUUCAAAGUAUGGUCU